ACUACUUAAACGCAGAUUGCAGUGCUGUCGAUGGUCACUGCUUUUUAUCCCGCCAUCCUAUCCUCUAAGUCCCUACUGCAUCUUAGUCUCCACUUACGGCAGCGUCUGCGCGUCGUUCCCGCCCUCGUCCCCUGAAUGACAAGUGUAGCGAGCUACGUAAAGCUCUUCAACACCGGACUUUUUGGCGGGCCCCAGGAGAAACAACAAUGCGCACCUUUCGAGCUGCUCCCAGGAGAGAUCCUGCUUGACAUCGCGGAAUAUCUUCCAACUCGCGCCGAGAAGCUGUGCUUGGCAAUGACUUCGAAGGUCCUGUACCCGAAAGUCAUGUCGACGCUAUACGCUUCGGUGCGGCUCGAGGGCUUCGCACAAUGCAAAGAUGCCCUCACGAUGCUCCGUGAUACCCCCGAGCUCGCGCGACAUGUCCUGGAACUCACUGUAUACCCCGACCAUGUCUCAGACACUCAAGUGGCUGGUUACGAGGAGUCCGCCGAAUGCGGCGGCGUUGCCGCAGGAGUGGAUGUGGACGGAACUGCGGAGCUGGUGAGUUUAUUGAUGUUGGCUGGGUCGUCCUCGCUAUCUGACGAAGCCUCCGUCAGCUGUCCGAACUUGAAGAAUCUCGGCCUUUUCGCGUUCAACGACCUGGAAAGCUUUACGCUGUACUUCAAGCAGACAUUCUACCUUGCUGGAUAUGACCUCUCCGACAUGGAGAAUGCAAUAAUCUAUAACCGUAUUUGGGAUAUGCUUAUCCGUCGGUCACCGAACUUGCGCUCACUUGCCAUUGAGGGUGAAUGGGAUGAGCCGAUAUUCGCCGCUCGUCUGCUUGAGGGCAACUGGCCAAGGCUACAGAAGCUCUCCCUCACCCCAGUGUGGUUCCAGGAGCACAUCCACGAAGGGUCGCAACUCCUGGUGGAGUUCCUUGAGCGCCACCCGGCCAUCGAGGAACUCAGUCUCAAGCGCGUUCGCCUCGACCUCUCGCAGCUGUCUCCGGAAGCGCUGCCGAAGCUUCGUGUGUUCAACGGUCGGCUCGACCAUCUGCGAGAACUUGGAAUCCGUGGGCACCCACUGAAUGCUCUCGGACUGCAGAACCCCUCAACACAACUCUCAUCAUCGCCACUAUCCCACACGCUGGAAGAGCUGAUCCUCCCAGACGCCAUGGCACUCCGUGAACUCACUCCCCUGGCUAUCUCCAGCAUGCUUGUCGGCCUUCGCUCCCUGACUUCCCUCACCAUCUCCUUUUCACUCGAGAGUGGCUACGACUCCAACGGCGUAUUCCGCACCAUCGCCUCUGCCUGCCCCCAGCUCCAAAACCUUGACCUCAGUUGUACCUCCAGACCGUCCUUCGCCUUAGAUGUAUUCUCGCGAACGCUACGCAGUCUCACAAAACUGCGCACGCUGUCUCUCGCACUGGUCAAAGUGCCCGGGGACGAGAGCAUGCAGGCGGGCGCGGUCCGCAUCACACUCAGCAACCCACGACUGGCGCGCUUCAAGAUCGCGUUCCUGCAGUCGAGCAGGGCACUGCGGCGGAGCCUGACGAGCACAGCGCCGCGCGUGCUUGAACAGGGCCGGUACGUGCCCAUUCGCGAUGCGCACGGGAUCCCUGUGGGCCUGCUCGCGAGCGAGAGCUGGUACCGCUUCGGCGGCUUCGGCAGGCGCAUGACACGGCGGACGGUGUGUGAGCUCCGCCCGAGUGGACACCCCGAUGCGGCGCGCAAGGGCUGGCGUUCGCUGCUCUUCGAGAGGAGCCCCGCCGGUGAGGAGGCCAGGCUGCUGGUAUUCAGCUGUUGGUUGUUGAUUCUCGCUGUGGGCGGUAUCUUCAGAGGGCUUGCUGUGAAUGCAGUCGAUAACACCUCGAGCCGCGUCGCCCAAAAUCGUGGACUUGCACCUGUGACACCUAUAACCAAUUAGUAUUCAAUUGUACUGUAUACGCUCCUUCGACGCUGUUGCGUACUUAUUCGCUUUAGACUUCGUAGUUUAUGCCAUUCUGCACAGUGUAUGUAUUGACUAAUUCGCCACGGACCAAUCUUGUAUAUAUUACAUCGCCCACGGACAAAAAGACAUGCCCUUAUCGCAGCGAGACCGAGUGGACAUCUGGACCGGGCUGGGCGAGUUAUGUCUUGCGUGCGAUGCCACUCGGACGGGCAGAAGCAGUUCCUCUUGACACAGACGACGCAGUGGUUCGUCUAACGGGGAUACCGCCGCCGGACGAGCCAGCUGACGGUGAGACACCACUUCGAGCCGCAGUUGCCGACGCUGCUCGAGUGGUGUUCCGCAUACCUCGCAUCGAUGCUCUAGUGCCUCGCACACCACGCACACCGCUGCCCCGGCUUGCAGCUUUGCCGGCCUCAACUUUCUCGCGUUCUAUCCGCUCGCGCUCAAGCUUGGCCUGACGCUCUUGUUCCUCGCGCUCCUCUCGUUCUUUCUCGAGCUGAGCGAGGCGUGUGCGCUCUUCUUCAUCGCGGCGCAGGCGUUCCAUCUCUUCGUGUGCUUCGCGCUCGAGCUGCUCCUCGUC